AUGACAAAUAAACAUUCAUUGUUAGAUUAUAAUCUUGAAACCCUUGCAGGACCAAAAUGUCAAAGUUUACAAGUCAAAGAUCCAGAUAAAUUUAAUUUUUAUCCUAAAAAAUUAUUAACUGAUAUAUUAAGUAGCACUGCUACAAGUAUCAUGUCUCAAAGUGAAAUGAAAGAAUUAGAAGCAAUUUCACAGUUCUUAGUUGAGGAGAAGAGAUUUUGUAACCCUGUCAAACUCAACACAUCAAUGUGUUCUGGGUACAUGGGAGCUACUUGUUGUAGGCUCUCCCUCACCUACGUGGCACAACUGCGGCGCAGUGCCAACCGGACUGCCAUAAGAGCAAGACGCUCAGCAUCAGCUCUGUUUCCACAUCAUUCUCUUGUGGAACUCGGAGCUGUACACAGCUGA